AUGUUGUGUUUUGUGUUUGUGCUUGUUGUGAUCGGUUCUGCUAGAAGUCAGGAAAGCUUUAAUCCUCGCCAGGAUGACUUCACAUUCGUGCUUGUACAGAACCUCAGUGAGCUGGGUGAUCUGUCAAAUUACUUCUCACAGAACCCGGCAUCUCAGUUCAACCCGCUUAAUCAGCCACAGUUGCCUUUGCAGCAGCCGGUCCCUAUUCCUGUUCUGCAACAAUGGCCUCAGCAACCUGUGUGGGUUCAGCAGCCGACUGUCGUACCAGUUAUUCCUCAGCGACCGACGCAACUUCCGCAAAAACCACCAGAGAAACCUCCACGACCGAUAACGCAGCCUAAACCUGCAAACAAACCACCACCACCACCCCCACCACCUCCCGUGUCCACACAGACGCAGUUACCAGCUCAUCUUACAACGCACCCAGUAUCUCACACGCCGGAACACACACAAACGCAGAUCUCACACAAGCCUAAACCUCCCGAAGACAACAGCACCUCCAGUGGAUCCUGUGGGAUUCGGGGAACCCUAUAUGAUGUUAGGAUUGUCGGAGGAUCUGACGCUCAACCUGGAGAGUUUCCGUGGCAAGUGUCGCUGCAGUUGCAGGUCGGAGGCCGGACCAGAUAUAUCUGCGGAGGGGCAGUCCUGGCUGCCUACUGGGUCGUCACAGCGGCCCACUGUAUCUGGGAGCUCAAACCAGAGAAACUGUCCAUCGUAGCUGGCGACCACGACCUCUACUUACCUGAAGGUCAUGAACAGCGAGCUCAAGUUGCCAGAGUCAUUGUGAACGGAUAUUACAGAGACUCGUUCACCAAUGACAUCGCAUUGCUCCAACUGGCCGCUCCACUCAAGAUAGAUGGAAAGUGGAUCGCACCUAUCUGUCUCCCAGAGCCAGGCACUAAGUUUCUCAAAGGUGACAGUACAGUGGCUGGGUGGGGACGGCUGAGUGAGAGUGGUUCCCUACCUCACAUCCUGCAGCAUGUGACUCUACCGAUACUCAACACCAAACGUUGUCACUCACUGUACAAGCGAGCGGGCUACAGCAAGUUCACUCAUACCUGCCAAAUGUGUAGUGGCUUUGAGGAGGGAGGCUUCGACUCUUGCCAGGGAGACUCAGGGGGUCCGCUGGCCUGUACACAAAGUGACGGACACUACUACCUCUGUGGCAUCGUCAGCUGGGGCGUCGGCUGUGCUCGGCCUAAACUGCCAGGUGUUUACACUGAGGUCUCCUGCUUCACAGACUGGAUACGCAACAUCAUAAACAACGGAAAAAACGUUCUAGCAAACGCGCCACAUGUACUCAACCUGCCACAACAGUUGACAUCAUGGGACAAGAACGACAAGAAUGACCUUAGUCAUUUGGCUGAGGAGCCUGUCAUCAUGGGUGCAACAUGA